CCCUCACCCCAUCAAGUAUCUCUCUCCCUGUUUGCAACAUAUUGCUGUCUCUAACUACUACAUCUCCACAUUAUUACAAUGGCUUGCUCUCUCUCGAAAUCCCAAGCAAUUUGCCUUUGGCUUUGCUUUUGGGCGAUGGUGGUCACCAUUGAUGCUUUCUUUGAGUUCAGGGUGGGUGGGCCCCAUGGAUGGCAUCAACCUAUCGGAAACGAGACAGAAACUUACAACCAGUGGGCGGCGAGGAACCGGUUCCACGUAGGAGACUCUAUUUACUUCAAGUAUAACAAUGACUCUGUCUUGGUUGUGAACCCAAGGGAUUACUUACGCUGCAACACAUCGAACCCCAUCUUCAAGUUCGAAGAUGGUGAUACAACCUUCACAUUCGAACGCUACGGAUUCUUCUACUUCAUUAGUGGGCAACCCGUUCACUGCAAAAAUGGUCAAAAACUCAUUGUUAGAGUCAUGGCUCAGUCAGGAGUUCUGGCUCCUGCGGCUGCCCCUGAUGCCGGUCAGCCUGAUCAACCUGGUCAACCUGGGCAGGGCGGCGGGGAGGGGACCCCCUCUAAACCUCCUACCCCAAACACUGGCGUAAAACUAGCUAUUGGGCCUCUAUUCUUGGCUUGCCUUGGGGGUAUGAUGGUCAUUUCCCCUUGGUUGGCCUUUUAGGUGCUCAGGCCUUAGUGAGGGGCAUAAUGUUCAUUAUCCCUUUUGAGGGCAUUUGGGUUUCUUUUGCUAUAUUAGUUGAGUCACUUGAUUGUGAACUUAAUAUGUAGACUGUUAGGCCAAGGGCAACUUAAUAUGUAGACUGUUUGGCCAAGGCCCUUCUUGGUUUAUGGUUUAGAAUUGACUUUGUAGGUUUGCAACGUUUUUUGGUUAUUUUAUAAUAGUAUUGUGCACGGAUGGACUU